CAAAAUCUGCAACAUUUUUUACCUGCAUAUUGUUUUCCAAACCUCAUCUUAUGUUGUUACCUCAUAGUCAUAGUCAUUUAGUACGAGCGUAAGUAACAAGAUGCUGAAGCUAUGGAACUGGUACCAGAAUUGCCUUUCUGUUCAUCCAGUGAAGACCCAAGUGAUAAGCUCUGGCGUCCUCUGGGGCGUUGGAGACGUUGCUGCUCAGUACAUCACUCACUCAGCUGCAAAAAAGCGUCUUCAACUAUCUGAUGCUGAUUCUAAAUUUAUUAUCAACUGGAACCGCGUGGCUGUUACAAGCAUGUUUGGAUUCGGUUUUGUUGGACCAGUUGGCCACUUCUGGUAUGAAGGCUUGGACAAAUUUAUAAGGCUAAAGCUUCAACUAAUGCCAAAGUCUGCUCGAUCGGUAGCUACUAAAGUGGCAAUGGAUGGCAUGAUUUUUGGUCCCAUCCAUUUGUUUGUGUUCUUUACUUACAUGGGAUUGUGCGCUGGCAAGACUCUUCCUCAAGUGAAGGAGGACUUGAAGAAAAAUUAUGUCCCAGCCUUGAUUUUAGAAGGUGGUGUGUGGCCAGUUUUGCAGGUUUUUAAUUUUCGGUAUAUUCCUUUGAAAUACCAGCUUCUCUAUGUAAACUUUUUCUGCUUGCUGGAUAGUGCUUUUCUCUCAUGGUUGGAGCAACAGAAGGAUGCACCUUGGAAACAAUGGUUUGCUUCUUUUCAUUCUUCGAAUGAUAAAGGAGGUCAAUGCUGAUGAGGAGAUUGAUGGAACUUUAAACAUUGAUUGAUUAAAGCCUUGGAAUAUUUUGCUUCCCUGAUGUUUUGAAAUUUGUCAUAGAUAAAUAGACUUGGAGUUAAUUGUUGCAAUUCUUUUAACAUAGUUUUAAGUAGAAGCAAAGACAGAUAAAAUUCGAUACAUCUACAAUUUUUGUUCUUUCGAUUUACUUGUUGCUUCGAGGUGACACUCCUUUGUGUACAUAUAAUUUGGGCAGUUCAGC